AUGGCGGAAGCUGUCCGCCACUGCCCACUUCAACUUGCUCAAGGAAUCAUGAAGGUCCUGGAAUCUGUAUAUACUACAUUGAAGUCUGUCCCGUCCUGCAGGACUCCGUUAUUCCGUGGGCGUAUAGAAGGGACCCAGUCUGAAAAGAAAAUGGGGGAAAAAAGAGAUGGAGACCACAAACUUGGCAGCAUAGGGAAAAAACCUCCAUCCAAAGAACUGCUCUGGGCACGCCCCAGGAACUUCCACCUGCCCACCCAACCCAUCCGCACAACCGAGGGAUGCAUUAGCUCAAUCUCCAGUGAGACUGCAAGGUUUGGGGGCCCGGCUGUACCACUCGGGGCCUCGCAUGGGGGCGUUCGUGCCCACUUGGCUGCGACGCACCGUUCCCCCACACUGGAACCUGGGCGGCUCCAGUUGCUGUUUUUUCCUUUUCAGUGGCUGCUGGCAUCUCCUGCGGGUCCCCAAGAUGCAGCUCAAACCCAUGGAGAUCAACCCCGAGAUGCUGAACAAAGUAAGUGGGGUCUGUCCUCCUCCCCCCCCCCCAGGAGGGUGACACGCCCUGGCUCCAGCGGCUUGACCCUGGAUCUGGGUAUCCACUUCUCUGUGCCCCCCCCAGCGUGGAGAGAUGCCUACGAGACCCGAUUUGGGGGUGCGCGGGGAGGAGUCGGGGCGCGGCCGAGCUCCCGAGGGCGUGGCACUGCGCGGUGGCGCGAUGUCUGUCUGGUACCCCCGUUUUGUGGGAGCCGCGUGGGGCCACGCUUUGUGCUGUGUCAUUGCACCGGGUGGGGUGGAGUGGGGUGGGGGCUCGUGGGGCGGACCCUCCCUCCAGCAGGUACCUGUUUCGGGGUGUCCUCUCUGCAGGUGCUCGCCCGGUUGGGGGUCACCGGCCAGUGGCGCUUCGCCGACGUUUUGGGGCUGGAGGAAGAUGCUCUGGGCUCUGUGCCUGCUCCGGCCUGCGCGCUGCUACUGCUCUUUCCCCUCACCGCGCAGCAUGAGAACUUCAGAAAAAAACAGAUUGAGGAGCUGAAGGGACAAGCAGUGAGCCCGAAAGUAUACUUCAUGAAGCAGACCAUUGGCAACUCCUGCGGCACCAUUGGGCUGAUCCAUGCUGUGGCCAAUAACCAAGACAAGCUGAAAUUCAAUGAUGGGUCAAUCCUGAAACAGUUUCUUUCUGAAACAGAGAAGUUGUCUCCCGAAGAUAGAGCCAAAUGCUUUGAGAAGAAUGAGGCCAUCCAGGCAGCCCAUGACGCCGUGGCUCAGGAGGGCCAGUGUCGGGUAGAUGACAAAGUGAACUUUCAUUUUAUUCUGUUUAACAAUGUGGACGGCCACCUCUAUGAACUUGAUGGCCGAAUGCCUUUUCCCGUGAACCAUGGAUCCAGUUCAGCGGACUCACUGCUGCAGGAUGCUGCCAAGGUGUGCCGAGAAUUCACUGAGCGGGAGCAAGGGGAAGUCCGCUUUUCUGCUGUGGCCCUCUGCAAGGCAGCCUAAUGCUGGGAGAGGGCUUUGCAGUCUCCUCUUCCCUUUGGCAUCAAUUCGUCCUCUAUUGGCACAUUCGACGAUGUGCCCCUACUUGUAGCACAUAGCUGGUCUCCUUUGGUUCUGCAGAUAAUGCUCUUACCCUCAGCCACCCCACACCUUGGCAGAGCUCAGCUGUCAACUGAGCACUUAGGUACAAGCUUCAGAUGGCUGAAGCUUCUCCUGCCCCCGCCCCCCCCGUCCCAUGUCUUGAAUCUCAAUAUCUCAUGCUUUAAAUGGCUCUGUUUAUGUCUCUAAGUUAAGGCCUUGGACAUAGUUGGUUUGUCCUUAAAAGAAAUAAAAUUUUUCUGCUGAUUAGA